AUGAGACUCUUAGAGAAAAUUAAAAUAAACUCACAACAGAGAUGGAUGGUAUGUUAUAAACUUGGUGGAAAGUAUGAAUGUUCUACGUUAAACCUCAAUAAUAUUGGAACAUUACUACAUCAGCUCUUGAAGGAGAACUUUAUAUCAGAGAUAGAAGCAAAUGCUGCAGGUAUUGUUGAAAUGCACUAUGACUUCUUCUUGACAAACAUAAAGAAUCUUACUGAAAUAAAGAUGUAUGAUUUAACAGAAUAUGAAGGCUUAACGAUGUCAGAUGUUAAGAAAGGAAAGCCACAGAAGCGACCAUAUAGAGAUGAAAGCACACUGACAAAUGACCAGAAAGCCAUUUUGGAAGCUCUUAAGCAAACAGGAAACCCAGCACUUAUAGAAAGCUUUUGGAAAGAUAAUGGUGAAAAGAAGUUUUAUAAGAAGAGAAGCGGUCAGUUCUGGAAGUAUCUUUGCACAUUACCUAUAAAUCUUGAACGCUACCAAAUCUUCAAUGAACUGAACAAAAGAACUGCAACACUUAUGACAGAGGACAAUUGUUUCGUUUAUG